AUGGCUGCGGAAGGAUCGUCGAUGGCUGCUGUAGAGGCGGCGGCGGAAGGAGCGGCCGCGGGCGGAGCGGCGGGAGAAGCGGCGGGCGGAGCGGCGGGCGGAGCGGCGGAAGCGGGGGUGAUAUUCGUCCUGGAGAAGGCGUCGCUCGAAGUCGCCAAAGUCGGAAAGACGUACGUGCUGCUGAACUGCGACGACCACGCCAGCUUCCUGCGCAAGCACGGCAAGGACCCCGCGCUCUACCGCCCUGACAUCUGCCACCAGGCGCUAUUAGCGAUACUAGACAGCCCGUUGAAUAAAGCUGGAAGGCUCAAGGCUCUCUACGUGGCGACCACGCGCAACACGCUCGUCCAAGUCAACCCGCACAUCCGUAUUCCCCGCACGUUCCGCCGCUUCUGUGGCCUCAUGGUUCAGCUGCUGCAGAAGCUAUCCAUACGCGCUACAAACGGACCUGAUAAGCUGCUCAAAGUCAUCAAGCACCCAGUCACCAAGUACCUGCCGCCUGGGUGCCGGAGAAUAGGCUUGGAGUAUAGCGCACAGAAGGUGGUGCAUCUGCGUCAAUUCUUGAAGACAACCAACUCGGAAACACUAGUCUUUGUGGUGGGGGCGAUGGCUAGUGGUGAUAUCAGCAGUGACUAUGUGGACGAGAUGAUUGCAG